AACUUGCGUCUGUGACGUCAUAUAAAAAAGCAAGAUGGCGGACCCACGGCAAGAGCGCCGCCCACGUUUAACGGCAUCGUAUCGUGGCUCUUUGGUCAACCCUGUGUAUAUGAUGGGAAUAUUUCAGCUCAUAAUGGCGUUGAUUAUUGGUGUUGUGGGCAUGCUGGCAUCUUCACGGACGUGUGCCUUCAGUAUAAUGUGGGUGUAUUUCUUUAUUUCUCUUUGGUAUAUUGUGGCAACUUCUGUUGGGCUGUCGCCAACAAGACGAGGAAUGGCAGAAUGCAGUUUAAAAUACAUGAAGAGAACGAUGAAACUCUACAGGUUGAUGUGUACAGCGGGACUCAUGUUCGUACUGGCUAUUAUGAUCAUAGAGCUGAUUGGUCUACUUCAGGAACCAGAGGAAGCUAAGACAAAGGGAUGGAGCUGUGUAACGAUCCAUCUGAUUCUGGUUGGUGUUGGAGUUAUAACUGUACUCGUCACUAUCGGAGGAAUUGUGACGUCAAGCCGAGUCAUUGUAAUCUACACUGCAUUGCAAAGAGAGCAGGAAGGAAGUGUAUCAUUUUCGGUUCAGUCAAACACAAUAUCAGCAAACCUCGGUCAGACAAAUUUUGCUUUGAAUCCGGAACUUAUGGUGCCGCCUGCAUAUUCGCUUGUUGCUGACUUGCCACCUACGUACGAUGACGUCAUGUCAGGGAAGGCUGAUGGAUUAGAACAGGGUGUGAGCGAUACGAGAGAUGACAUAUCAAGAAUACAUAACAAUGGGUGA